AUGGUCGGUGGGGGACAGACUGUGAAAAUAGGGAGUCGGGGGCCUUGGAUCACGUCGUUAGUGGCUCCGAGAGCUGCUGGCCCCCCGGGCCCGUGGCGCUCUUCCCUCGGUGUUUGGAAAGGACCCCGGCUGACCGGCCCGUGUCUGGCUCUGCAGCACAAGAGGAAGCGCCGCUCCACGCCUCUGGCUUCUCCCUCGCCGCCCCCGCCGGAGCCGGAGCCGGAGCCGGAGGCCGAGGGGCUGUCCCUGCAGACGGUGAUGGCCGCCCUGCAGGCCGUGGAGCAGAGGAUGGAGGCCCAGGCCGCCCAGCUGCAGAGCCUGGAGAGACGCAUGGAGACGGCCGAGAAGAAGCUGGCCGACUUCGAGAAGACGACCCUGGAGUUCGGGAACCAGCUGGAGGGCAAGUGGGCCGUGCUGGGGACGCUGCUGCAGGAAUACGGGCUGCUGCAGAGACGGCUGGAGAACAUGGAGAACCUGCUGCGCAGCAGGAACUUCUGGGUCCUGCGGCUGCCCCCGGGCGGCGCGGGCGAGGCCCCCAAGGUGUCCCGGUCCCUGGAGAGCGACGGGGUCUGCAUCUCGGAGCAGGAGUGGGAGAACCUGGAGGACUGGCAGAAGGAGCUGUACCGGAACGUCAUGAUGAGUAACUACGAGACGCUGGUCUCCCUGAAGGUCCUCGGCCAGCCGGAAGGAGAAGCCGAGUUGGGUACGGAGAUGCUGGGAGACCUGGAGGAGGAGGGCCUUGGUGGUGUCCACCCAGCAGAAGGGGUUGUAAUCAAGCAGGAGAUCGAGUACCCGCCCGAGCGCUCUGAGGACCUUCCCGGGGAGCUCCCGGGCCCCGCCGAGGAGCAGACUUUCCUGAGCCCGGAGCAGACCGAGCUCUGGGCCACGCAGGGCGGGCCCGGCCUCUUGGAAUCCGAGCCCAGGGACGCUAGUCUAGAGGAGCCUGUUGAGGGCGGCAGAGACCCCAGCGGUGACAGAAGCCUCGGCUGCCCCCCGAAGCAGAAAUCCAUCAGGCCCGCGCCGCUGGGCCCGGAAUGCGGGCCGGGCCUGAAGCUGAGCAGGGAAGCUUUCGGCCCCUACGACUGCCCCGAGUGUGAGCUCAGCUACCGCUGUGAGCAGCAGCUGGCCACCUACCUGCGGACCCACGCGGCGUGGGAGCCUUCCACCGCCCCGGAGCCCGAGGAGAGCCUCCGGCCCAGGCCGCUGCUGAAGCCGCCACCCAAGAAGACGAAGCAGCACCAGUGCGACGUGUGCGCGCGGAGCUUCAGCAGCAAGGCCAACCUGGCCAACCACCAGCGCAGCCACGCCCAGGAGGGGCCCAGCGGCGGCCCGCGCGUCCAGGAGAGGUUCUCGCCCAACAGCCUGGUGGCCCUGCCCGGCCACAUCCCCUGGAGGAAGAGCCGGAGCUCCCUCAUCUGCGGUUACUGCGGCAAGAGCUUCAUGCACCCGUCGGACCUGGUGCGCCACCAGCGCAUCCACACGGGCGAGCGGCCCUACACCUGCCCCGAGUGCGAGCGGAGCUUCGUCCAGAAGCAGCACCUCCUGCAGCACCAGAAGAUCCACCAGCGGGAGCGCGGCGCGCUGGCCCUGGAGCAGGGGAGGCCCAACGGCCUGCUGUAG